AUGGAGGGUGCUAAGUCUUGUUCUAAUCCAUCUAUUGCAAACACUAAACUGUCUCUAAAAGAUGGUGAACUAUUUCACGAUGUCACUCUGUACAGAAGCACCAUAGGGGAAGUGCAACACCUAUCUCUCACACGUCCAGAUGUGGCAUUCGUAGUCAAUAAACUAAGUCAAUUCUUACAGGCCCCCACGACAGUGAACUGGGAAGCAUGUAAGAGAUUACUUAGAUAUCUAAAAGGCACCAUCAAAGAAGGCAUUUGUCUCAAACCAGCUGCUGAAACAACUCUUCAUGCAUACUCUGAUGCAGAUUGGGCGAGCUGUGUGGAUGAUAGACGCUCCACAGGAGGAUACUUGGUGUUUCUAGGAGGAAAUUUGAUAAGUUGGUUAGUUAAAUAG